AUGGCAACAGGGGACAGUAAAAUGAUCUCAGAGAGCCUCAACCUAUCAACAGACGACAGAUUGGGUCAAGGAACAGCAGAAAAACUCACCUUCCACGACAAGGCCACUCAGCUCAUUACUUACAUCAAGUCGAAGGAUGCUUGGAUCGGAGAUUACGACUAUUGGUACCUCAUCACGCCCAACAUCCCUCCAUUCAACAGGAAAUACAAGGAAAAAUCAGUCCCUUUUUAUGGCCUGCAUGAUCAAGUGCCCAUACUCCUGACCAUCAUUCUUGGUUUGCAACAUGCACUCAUUAUGAUCGGAUCAGUUGUCUCACCUCCACUAGCAAUCGCAUCUGGAGCCUUCCAUCUACGAUCGGAGCAAGUAUCCUAUCUGGUGUCGGCAGCGUUCAUCACCACUGGAAUUGCCACAGCCAUUCAAGUCACGCGGGUCCAUAUCAAGGGAACACCUUUCUAUAUUGGUACCGGUCUGCUGUCUGUCGUUGGACCUACAUUUGAUAUAAUCCCCAUCGCUUUCUCUUACACCAGUAUGCGCUACAACAAUGGAACAUGUCCGAUUGCCGAAGAUGGAACACAGUUGCCCUGUCCUGAUGCUUGGGGGGCUUUUCUGGGCACGAUGCUUUGCACUGUCUUCAUUCAAAUUGCCAUGUCACUUGUUCCUCCUCGUCUCCUCAACAAGAUCUUUCCAAAAAUCAUCACUGGGACUCUUUUACUGUUGGUCGGUGUGUUCUUGAUCGGCAACGGUAUGCAAAAUUGGGCAGGCUCCUAUAACUGCAAUGGCGGCGAAGGCUUCUACGCGUUAUGCCCAAAUAUUGAGGCACCAAACCCACUCCCUUGGGCUGAUCCCAAGUUGAUCGGGCUUGGAUUCAGUGUGUUUGUCAGCAUUAUACUGGUCGAGCAGUUUGGGUCUCCUCUGAUGAAGUCAGGCUCUGUCUUGAUUGGACUCGCCAUUGGGUGUGCGAUCUCUGGGGCGACUGGCUACUGGUCGAGAGAAAACAUCGAUUCAGCCCCAGUCGUCACUUUUCUCUGGGUUCAUACAUUCAAGUUGUCGGUCGAUGGGGCUUUGGUGCUUCCAUUGCUCAUCAUGUUUAUCUGUCAGGGUGUCAGCUGUAUGCCAGACAUCCUAGCUACGGCCGAAAUAUCCGGAGUCGAGGUCGAAGGCACUUUGUUCAACAGUAGAAUCCAGGGAGGUAUUCUCUGCGAUGGAUUGGGCAGUUUGAUCAGCGCCUUAGGAACUGCUGGACCUAUGGUUGCACAGGCCGGAAACAACGGGGUCAUCGUCAUUACUGGCUGCGCGUCUAGACGUGCCGGCUGGGCAGCUUCAUGCUUUUUGAUUCUUAUGGGAUUUUUCGCCAAAUUCGGUGCUGUGUUUUCAGCUAUGCCUCCAUCAGUCCUUGGUGGCAUGCAGGUCUUCCUCUACAGCACUAUUGUUGUAGCGGGUAUAAGAAUUCUGGGAAUGGUGCAUUUCGAUCGACGCAACCGUUUCAUCAUGACCAUCGCCCUCGGCAUCGGAUUCAUUGACAUCGUCACACCGACAUGGUUUCACCAAAUCUUGGACUAUAGCGGGCCGAAUGUGCACCUACAGGGCUUUGAGCAGGGUAUUAAUCUCGUCGUGGAGACCCCAUUCAUCAUUGCCGCUGUGGUCGGGGUUUUCUUGAACCUUGUCUUUCCCCACGACAAGAGUGAGCUGGACAAGUUACUGUUCGGUACGGAUUCAAAUGGGGUUACGACUUCUCUGCCUCAUUCAAAGCAAAGAAUUACAUAG